GACCCGAGGUUGGAACUUUGAAGUCGGCGGUGUCUGGCAGUGUCAUCUUGGCAAUUUUUUGCCGCAGCUUUAUGCUUUCGCGAGAAAUAAUAUGAGUCAUUCGCUACAUUGCUAAAACCGCAUUCGCGGCAGAAUAAUUACACCGAUCGUUGCAGUAGCUAGUAACGCGGGAGAGGAGAGAUAAACGUUGAAACUCCGCGAGUGACACAGCUGAAACUCUCGUUUGGUUGACCUCGAGGUAGCUUAAUUAAGGAAUAAUCAUGAAGAGCGUGGUGGCUUUGUUAUUCCUGGCAGUCCUUGCUAUGGGACAAACCGUUUCCUUCAACAAGAUUUUGGAUGCAGAAUGGUUCAUUUUUAAGCUGCACCAUAACAAAGUUUACAAAUCUCCAGUGGAGGAAGGAUAUAGAAUGAAGAUCUAUAUGGAUAACAAACGCAAGAUCGCCGAACACAAUCGUAAAUAUGAGCUGAAUGAAGUUACAUAUAAACUAGGAAUGAACAAAUAUGGAGAUAUGUUGCAUCAUGAAUUUGUAAAUACUUUGAAUGGCUUCAAUAAGUCUGUAACUGCUGGAAUAGAAACUGAAGGAGUAACGUUUAUCUCGCCAGCUAACGUUAAAUUGCCAGACGAAGUCGAUUGGACAAAACAAGGCGCUGUCACAGCUGUCAAGGAUCAAGGACAUUGCGGAUCUUGCUGGGCAUUCUCUUCUACUGGAGCUUUGGAAGGACAGCAUUUUAGAAGUACUGGCUAUUUAGUUUCAUUGAGUGAACAAAACUUAAUCGAUUGUUCUGGCAAAUACGGCAACAAUGGAUGUAAUGGCGGUUUGAUGGAUUAUGCCUUUCAAUAUAUCAAAGACAACAAAGGCCUGGAUACUGAAAAGACUUACCCGUAUGAAGCGGAGAAUGAUCGUUGCAGAUACAAUCCGAGAAAUAGCGGCGCCACCGAUAAAGGCUAUGUAGACAUUCCACAAGGAGAUGAAGAAAAGCUAAAAGCUGCAGUCGCCACUAUAGGUCCGAUUUCCGUCGCAAUUGAUGCAUCCCACGAAUCCUUCCAACUUUAUAGUGAGGGAGUGUAUUACGAUCCCGACUGCAGUGCAGAAAAUCUAGAUCAUGGUGUGUUAAUCGUUGGUUAUGGUACAGACGAGACAAGUGGCCAUGAUUAUUGGUUGGUCAAGAAUAGUUGGGGUAAAACUUGGGGUCAAAAGGGCUACAUCAAGAUGGCUAGGAAUAAGAAUAAUCACUGCGGUAUAGCGUCCAGUGCCAGCUAUCCUCUCGUUUAACUCUCGUUUAUAACAAACUUUUUAGCAAGUUGCGUUUUGCCAAAUGACAGUUGUUUUAAGAAAUAACAGUGUUUAGGUAUCUAAUAAAAUUUCGCGAUGUUUAGAAGAAAUUUUUUAUACAGUUCCUGAUGUAUCUUAUCUCAUGAUUUCUUGAAAAUAUUUUUAGUUCGCAUGUGAUUGGUAGAAUUGAUAUUACUAUACUGUCUAUUCCUUUCGUACCGUGUAACAAAAGGAAUUAGAGUUAAUGUUAACAAAAUGUAUAGAUUUCCAAACUUGCUUAGAGUUUCUAAUUAAUUACUUCGAAUAAAGACAAAAGAGAAAUUUUCGCGAAAAUUGUGAAGGUUGUGAACCUUGACAAUGGUUCAUCGCUUUAAUGUAUCUUCGUAUAUUAAAUUUAAUGAUAAUAUUGUAGACGUAUUAUUUUAAAUUAUAUUUAAUCUUUUAUUUUCUAUUUUCACAUCAGUUAUCACAAUUUAAAUGGUACUAUUGUCCGAGAUAUUUUCUUAGUAUCUCAAGAUAAAGAUUAAUAUUAUUGUAAACUUUAUUUUCCAUUAAAAUUACGAGACUCACAGGUCUAAUUAAGCUGUUUUAGGAAAUUGUAACACUUGUAUAUCUCGGGUAAUAAUCCAAAGUUAAGCCGUUGUUUAUUAAGCAAACUGAUCUCUAUUUUUUAUAAAAUAUGGAAAAUAAAGAAAUUCUGAAUAA